AUGCCCAGAAACCGCUCCCAUAUCAAGAGAGAGCGGGACAACCCUCACCCCGACAUCGACGACUACCGUCACCGUCCCCACCACGACCGGUCCAGGUCCCCUCGUAGAUCGCCCCCUCGAGAUAAGGUUGACAAGGGCAAGGGCAAGGGCAAGGUCAAGCGCGAACAAGAAGAAGAAGAGGAAAAAGAAGAAAAGAAGGUCUUGGUCCGCAAGCGCGUCAAGGAAGGCGAGUACACUCCCAAGCUUAAUUAUCCGGAGUGGUUGCUAUGGGUUGCCGGUGCGGCAAUCAGCAGGGAGGACCGCAAGAAGCACACGUACAGCCUGGAAAAGCGCGGCGGUUCUGGAGCCUCCUCUGGUGAGGACAAGGGCAAGGGCAAGGGCAAUGAUCGAGAGCACAUAGGCAAGAAGGAGGACCUCGAGGAGGAGAAGUGGGGUCACGGUCAUGGUCAUCAAGGUGGCCAGAGCAGAGACGAUGAUAAUGAUGAUGAUGAUGAUGGCUAUCGUAAUGAGGCCGAGCGAUUGGACGACAAAAUGGAGGAGCUGAUGAAGCUACCGCAUCACGUCCUUGAGGAUAUGAGGGAGGAGGAGGAGGAAGCAAGGCAUGAUGAAAUGCUCAAGCCAAAUUAUCGGCGGCGGAAGUAUGGUGUUGCGAAACGAGACUGGAACAACGAUCAGCGCGAGACCGUUUAUGAACGCUACAUGCCCUCCUUGCGUGAGGAUCCUUAG